GUUUGAUGGUCUUAUUUUUGGUUGGGUUGGUUGCUGGUGUUUUAUGAUGAAGGUGUAUGAUAGUCGUGACACCAUGACUUUUUUACAGCAAGGUAUUGUUUAAGCCCAGCAUGAAGACACUCGUGGCUCUUCUGUUCCUGCUGUCCAGCGUCCUACAGCUCCAGUGGUCUGCUGGUCAGUCAGAUGGUCCGGCACUGGUGCUGACGUUCCAGAACUACACGGUCAACUUCACACCGGAGAGCUUGUUGCAGUUCUACGAGUGCCUGCAGAACUACAACCACUGCGAGUCUUCUAGCGAUGUGUUUCUGGUCAUCUCCAAAACCAAGACCAACUUCACCACCACCAUCAUAUCCACCGAGGGAUUCGAACCCCGUCGCGCCAACAAAACAUGCACGUUCAGCGUGUACGUGUCGCCGAAGUUCUACAACUUUUACAACUACAUCAACAUCACCUGCCGUCCCCCUGCCGACACCUGCGACCACCAGUCCAGGCUGACCCUAGCCUCAAGUCACGUGACUCCCGUCUUUCUGACAUGGAACCGAACCCAGGCUAUUUCAAUUUCGGACUACGAUACAAAUCUUAUAGAGAUACGAGAUUGUAGAGCAAGUGUACUAGAUUUUACUACAGUAAUUCCACCCACUGAAUAUUUAAGAGCGGGAAGUUUUGCUUCUACAGAAUCAUCUACUGUUAAGUCCACACGGACGGUUGUUGAUACGGUCAGCGACCCCGGGGGUGUCACAACCAACCCAGGUCCUGAUAUUUCAAGUCCCGGACUGACGUCCACAUCAGACAUGCAGCCAACCACUCACGUGAUUGUAGAUUUACAUAACGGCACCACACUACCAGAGGGGGUCACGUGGGAGUCGAUUAGUAGUACGGCGAGCUUUAGAACCGAUGGUUCAACAUCAGCACCAAUAACGACAGACGUCACAUCUGCCGUCCUGACCACUGCGUCAACAUCAGCACCAGACGUCUCACAUACCGAACUGACCACUGCGUCAACAUCAGCACCAGACGUCUCACAUACCGAACUGACCACUGCGUCAACAUCAGUACCAGACGUCUCACAUACCGAACUGACCACUGCGUCAACAUCAGCACCAGACGUCUCACAUACCGAACUGACCACUGCGUCAACAUCAGCACCAGACGUCUCACAUACCGAACUGACCACUGCGUCAACAUCAGCACCAGACGUCUCACAUACCGAACUGACCACUGCGUCAACAUCAGCACCAGACGUCUCACAUACCGAACUGACCACUGCGUCAACAUCAGCACCAGACGUCUCACAUACCGAACUGACCACUGCGUCAACAUCAGCACCAGACGUCUCACAUACCGAACUGACCACUGCGUCAACAUCAGCACCAGACGUCUCACAUACCGAACUGACCACUGCGUCAACAUCAGUACCAGACGUCUCACAUACCGAACUGACCACUGCGUCAACAUCAGCACCAGCAGCAACAUACGUCUCAUCUGCCGGGGUGACUACCGCGUCCACAUCUACAACCUGGCUGUUAUCAAAACUACCCUAUGAUCCAGCAACUACUAAGCUGCCACCGACCACAAUCACGACCACAUCUACAACUACAAGCAGAUCAAUUACUACUACAAUAGCAACUACAAGUGCAAUCACAACGGCAACUACACCCACAUCUACAACUACAUCUACAACGGCAACUACAUCAUCACCACCAACAACGAUCACACUAGCGCCCACAACAACAACAACACCAACCACACCAGCAACUACCACAACAACAACACCAACACCACCAACAACUACCACACCAACACCACCAACAUCUACCUCAACACCCACACUAACGACCACCCCAACAUCUCCAAAAAUUCAAAUCCCAGAAACAACAACAAACCCAAACACCAACACUUCUACACAAUCUUCCUCCCCACACACCACCACCAAUUCCCCUUUAACCCCCGAACACCCAACACCACAACUCAACUCUUCACACCCUACACUAACCACACAACCAUCAACUGAAAACAACACCACAAAAUCAGAAAACACCCUCAACACCAGCUCCAAAAUCAUUAUCGCAGCUUGUGUCGUUAUCUUCCUUCUCCUCGCCACUAUCGUCCUCGCUGUUAUCUUUCUAGCACGGCGACGCCGCCGAAAGAACAAGAACUCCACUAGCCCGUACAACACCACUCGUUAUUCAGAGACCACUUUACAAUCCACACUGGCGUCCAGAAAUUCUGGCAACCUACGGCUCCAGAACGGAAAUUACGUCACAGGGGACAGGGAUUUGAUUGACCUGGAACAGAUAUAUCUCCCGCUUGGGUCGAAAAAAAAUUUCCCGAACCGAACCUCGGAGUUCGAACCGGACAUUCAAACCUCGGAGUUCGAACCGGACAUGGACGCUACUGACGCGUUCUACAUGGCGGCUCAAACGUUACGCCUCAAGAUCCAAACAAGGCCGAGCGAUUAUCUGUUUAGCUUUAAUCCUAAUCCCAACGACAGCGUGGCGACCGCGGAUACUCAUGAUACACAGGAUACAGGUCAGAGUUCAAAGUCUUGGAUAAGCGCAUUUCUAGAAGACGUCAAACAAACUUUCCGUAGAAAUUCUAAAACCUCCCAGGAUGGGACUGAGCAGGCCACGCCUCGGAAACCGAACCCCGGAACUACUUCCGGUAAACAAAGCCUGACCCGAUCACAUGUCUUUGACUUUCUGGGAACCGGAAGUUUCACGCCCCCUGCAGCCACGUCGUCUGUCAAAUCGUACAGCACCAGUAUGACAGACAACGACGCGUCCAGCAUAAAUGACAACGUCAUCCGAAUCAAAUUCAACGCAGACGUCAACCAGCAGAGCGAGGCGAGGAACUCUUUUCUCGCGGACGUGUACACCAAACUCGGCGCCAUCGUGCGAGGCAUCAAGGGCCCUACCACCACGCGGCUUGAUCUGACGACAGGAAGUUACACGUCGACAUUGGUCAGUGACGACAUCAACCAGUCCACAGCAGACGACUCGGUCUAUUCGUUCGCCCAGGAGCUGGACACGUCCACGGCAGACUUGAUUUACGAAUCGUCACAGACAUAAGUCGUUUCUAACGAAUCUUCACAGACAUAAGUUGUUCCUAACGAAUCUUCACAGACAUAAGACAUUCCCAUUA